AUGCAAGUGGUCUUCAGAGGAGAUCUCCUGAAAGAAGAAAAUUCCCGUCGGAAUUACAUCAGCCGUGGUCCAAAUGACACCUGGCACAUUGAUGGCAAUGAUAAACUGAAGUUCUUUGGAAUGUGGAUACAUUUGGGGAUUGAUGGAUUUUCCAGGAAGGUUCUAUGGCUAAAGGUGGGCACAUCCAACCGCAAACAAAACUUUGUGGCCAGAUACUUCUUUGAGGCUGUUCAAGAACAGGGUGGCUGUCCUCAAAUGAUUCGGGGGGACAGAGGAAAGGAGAACCUUGUUGUGGGUCAAAUGCAGAUGGCAUUUCACAUGCGAGAUCUUGGGAAUCAGGCAUGGAGGUGCUUCAGAAUGGGGACAUCAGUGCACAACCAGAGAGCUGAAUGUUUUAACAGUAUUUUAAAGCGGACAUGGAUUAAGAAAUGGCUGACAACAUUUGAGGCCAUGAUGGAGUCUGGGAUCCUUGAACUGGACAAUCCUGUGCACAUCAACUGCUUGCAGUACUCACACUUGCCACUGCUUCAAAGAGACUUAAAAACGGAGCAAACAGUUUGGAACACCCAUGACAUCCGCAAGCAACGCAAUGCACCAGGUCCAUUUGGGAAACCCGACCUUCUGUUUACCUCACCACCUCCUGGAUAUGGCAAUGUGCUGCACAUAGUUGACCCAGACCUUUUAGACUACGCCAAGCAAUUAAUCUGUGAGGUGGAAGAGCCUUCACUGGUAGCAAACCAGGAAUUCAGAGACAUGUGCCAGAACAUUUUAGAAAACAGCCAAUUUCCCUGCACACCUGAUGGUUGCCUUGCUGCAUACCUCAUGCUAGUCCAAGAGCUGACAACUGCCAUGAACAGAAAUGCAGUUCCUACACCUUCUACGUUUGCAGAGGCAAAUGACAUAUACAUCUUUCUGAAGAGACAGAGGAUGGAAGGUGCACCAGUAAACAUUUCCAAUGACCAAUAAAAUCAUACAACAUUGUUUGUUAACAUUUAUUUAUCCUUGUUUACAAUCAACAGGUAAUUUGAAAACUGUCUGACCAACAAAAUGUACAAUAAAAUGUUGAAAAACAA